UGCGUCUACAAGAGCGAACCAAUAAGCAACGAUGGCAGAAGUAGCACCCGCAGCAGUAGCGAAGGCUCCGGCUAGAGGCCCAACGAAAGCCAAGAGGGCAGUCAAGAAGACUGGACCCAGCACCGCUGAGCUGGUCGUGAAGGCGGUGACAGCUUCCAAGGACAGGAAGGGAGUCUCUCUGGCAGCCGUGAAGAGCGCCCUGUCUGCUGGCGGUUACGACGUACAGAAGAACAACUCCCGUGUUAAGUUGGCCAUCAAGAGUUUGGUCAAUAAAGGCACUCUUGUGCAAACCAAGGGCACUGGCGCGUCUGGCUCUUUCAAGCUGAACAAGCAGCAGCUCGCAGCAAAGAAGAAGCCCGCCAAGAAGGCAGCAGCCAAGAAGCCGGCAGCCAAGAAAGCGGUGAAGAAGCCCGCGGCAAAGAAGGCCCCAAAGGCGGCCAAGAAACCAGCGAAGAAGGCCGCAAAAAGCCCCAAGAAGACAAGGAAGACCGCGGCAAAGAAACCGGUGAAGAAGGCGACCAAGAGCCCCAAGAAGACCAAGCCGGCGAAGAAGGCAACCAAGCCCAAGGCACCCAAGGCCAAGAAGGCUGUCCCCAAGAAACGUUAAGUGUAGUCUCUCCUACACUUACAAAAAAGGCUCUUUUAAGAGCCACCCAA